AUGGACUCCCCGCCAAAAAAGCGGCGGAGGACGUCUCCGAGACUCUCCGACCGUGCCUCUGGAAAUGACAGUCUCAUGUACGAUGUGAACACGGCUGCUUCCGCCACCCCGCCCGAUCCUCCACGACCGUCUGUGUCGCCAUCCCGGCCCCCAUCGUUCGCGUCUCCCACCAAGGCCAGUCUCGCCAGACACAACCAGGACGCUUUCGACCGGCGGCAACCGAUGGCACGCAGCGAGGCUAACGGCCGAAGGGGGGGCCCAACCGUCGUUUCUGCAGCGCCUCCUCCAUCCAGCCACGCCGAAACAGACUCGGACGCGCAAAGGGGAGCUAGGAAAAACGGAGCCGUUGGGGACAUCGGUGAAAUCCGCAUGGCGCAGAGCGAACAGAACAUACGACCACUUGCUCGCUCGCCUAUACGGUCGCCGGCACGGUCGCCGACGCGGAGAUUUGGCAGCACGUUGUCGGAGCCGCCCCGACGGUCGCCCGUGAAGCCAAUUCCGCGCCCGCUUCCACCCCCCGAUCCACAGCGCAGCGAGGAUGUUCUACAGCCGCUCAUAGCCCUCGACAGGCGGCGAUCGGGGCUGGACUUGUUUCGCGGCGGUGAUGAGCCGCCCGAGCCGGAGCUGCCGCCGACGCCAGAACGCCCAGACCCCGAAAUGGCUACGCCACCCAGUGGCAUCCACAACAGCACGCCCACCAAACACCCGGGAAGGAGAAAGGGCCGCGACAAGAAGGGCAGGGCGAGCAGCGGCUCGCCGCUGAAGCAGACGCCCCUCAAGGCAACAGCGCUUGCAGAAGCAGAAGCAGGGGCACGGCUGAAAGACGCCGCCAAGCGGACCAAGGAACGGCCAGCCAACACGGAGAGCUCUGGCAGGCACAGCCCACGACGACUGCGUAGCGGUCAUGUCGCACGUGGCAUAAAGCCUAUGCAGCCGGACGCGGAGCUGCUGGCCGAGAAGGCCUCGCUGCUGGCCGAGAUCGCUCAGCUCGAGGCCGACCUGUCGUUCGUGGCGGCGGAGAACGAGAGAAUACAUAGCGCCACGGUGCUCGGACUCGAGCCUUCUUCGCCCCAAAAUCACCGAGACAUUGUCAGCUUUCUUCGUCGCCAUGUGCUGCCGCCAGAGAAGGAAGCGCCAGACCCGACGGCGGACUGGCUGCAGGCGGCCACGAACCCGAUUGCCUUUCUGCCCUUUGGCCAGCCUUUGACGCAACUGACCAAACUCUUCACAUUUGGCCAGCCGCAGACAGAAGGGACUGCCGAGGAGAACCCACCCAUCUCUCACCACCCCAUACCCAUGACGGCUGCCGAAGAGCUACCAUAUCUACAGGCGUUUAGCUCCCUCUCCUUCCGUUCCGAGGUGAUCGUGCUGCCGCCUGCAGAACCGGAUGCACCCCUCUUGCAAAAGCACUGCAUCACUGCCACGUCCAUAUCUCCACCCGACGUCUUCCUGGCUCGUAUAGAGAUGAUCGUCAACACUAAGUCUCUGCGCAUAGCAGAGCUCCGCGUGCCGAAAAUCGACCCGACAGCAGCUCCUGAGCUGCGGCCCUUUAUCGACCGCAUUGCUCUCUGCCACCAGAAAGAUGCCGGCAGUGCACUGGUUCGCAACGUCACUGUGCUAACGUGGGCCAUGGGCGAGUGGGUGCGGGUAGCCGUCCGCCGAGCUAAGCUAUGGUGUGCUCUGGACCAGCUGGUUCGCGACAAGGAGGCCCUCCACAAUGCAAUUCAGGCCCUCCGCGCACGCAAGAAGCGAAGGUAUAACAACAGGCGACGGGACGACAGCGAUACUGACGAUGACGACGAGCUUGGUGGCGAUGUGCCGCAGAAAAGCUCUACAUUUUCAGCUACUGAGCUUCACGCUCAUCUGGGCCGAACAGCUAUGGAUGUAGACAUACCACUGCCCCAAAAUGGCCAGGGACACGAUGCUACACCCACCGUCCGCAUACAGUGGCGCAUUGACUUUGACUGGACUGGUGAAGCCCAAAGCGACUUGGGCCUGCUCUUGGGCGUGCCGGGGAAGUGGCACAAAGCAGACGACAGAGGCCGUCUGGCCGGCCUGCCGAAGCUGUUCGACCAGCUUGUCCAUGGAAGCGAGGACCCGGAAACGGCCGUGAAGACAAUUGUGGCUCUGCUAGCAGGCGAUGAUGAUAGUGUAUGA